AUGGCUGGACGGCAGCGCCUCCUGGAGAAUCCUGUCAGGGUUAUGGUCAGGAGGAGAGUGGAGAACCGCGUCAAAAGGGAGCGUAACCGGCAGAAGCUGAGGCACGGACAGCAGGAUGCGGGCAGAUCCAGCGGCUUCGCCAUCCUGACGGCGGUGACGGGAGCAGCAAGAAAACGAAACACAUGCUCCCUGCCGGCUUCCGGGACUUCCCGUGCGCAGUGCCAGGAGCAGGAAGUAGCCACACUGCUGGUCUGGUUUCAGAACCGCCGGGCCAAGUUCCGCCGGAACGAGCGGGCCAUGCUGGCCAACCGCUCCGCCUCGCUGCUCAAGUCCUACAGCCAGGAGGCCGCCAUCGAGCAGCCCGUGGCUCCCCGGCCCACCGCCCUGAACCCAGACUAUCUCUCCUGGACAGCCUCCUCCCCCUACAGCACAGUGCCGCCCUACAGCCCCGGAGGCUCGAGCCCCGCCGCCCCGGGGGUCAACAUGGCCAACAGCAUCGCCAGCCUCCGCCUCAAGGCCAAGGAGUUCAGCCUGCACCACAGCCAGGUGCCCACCGUGAACUGAGCCCUGCCGCCCGGACCGCUGCCUCCUGGUCGACAGCCCAGGAGCGGGCAGAUGCCGGAGAGCGACCUCCUCCUGCCCCGCCCCGGCCCGGCCCGCGCU